AUGGUAACGUCUCCUUUCCCAACGUCCUCUGCGGUCUUCAACGUCGGUCUGAUGGGACCUUGGUCCUGUGACCCUUUCUUUGCCAAGGCGUUCCCCCAGAUUGCAGCUAAGUUAGCAAUGGAACGCAUCAAGAAGGAUCCGUCCCUCAGUGACAUCCAUCCAAUGAACUGCACUUUAUGCGAUGAAGACUGCCGAACGGGCCAAGCUUUAGCCGGAUUCAUCAGCUACGAAAAGGACCUGUCAGCUUUCAUUGGUCCUUUGAAUCCUGGCUACUGUGACACUGCCUCCUUGCUAAGCAGAAGCUGGAACAAAGCUAUUUUCUCCUGGGCAUGUGUGAACGACGAUCUGGACAACGCGAGUCACCAUCCGACCUUUGUCAGGGCGUUUCCCUCUUCUACAGGCGUCCUCCUGGCAGUGCCGAAAUAUUUCCAAUGGGCUCACGUGGGCAUCAUCUUUUCCCCGGAAGAACUUUGGGUGGACACAGCCAGUAAACUGGCAAUCGCUCUAAGGAACCACGGGCUGCCGGUGGCUCUGGUUACUUCCAUAGGGAAAGAAGAGGAAAACACUGAACGGAUGUGGGCCAAGAUCCAAGCUGCUGGGAACGUUAAAGAACUGGGUAUAAAAGUUAGCGUGUGUGAGAAACCGGACCUUCGGAGGAGAAAGAAGCCUCUGCUUUCUGGGAACCUCAACAAAAAUGCCUUCUAUGCAAAUGUGGCGGGAGAGGAGUUGCAGGUCUCUCCUCUCUUCGGCACCAUCUACGAUACAGUCUAUCUGGUCGCCAAAGCUGUGGCCAAGUCCCACCAUCACCACCAAACCUCUAAGUUCUCAGGGAUAGCUUUGACUCAACAUGUCAAAAACCUGGACUUUGCCGGAUUCAGCCGCCGGGUCCAGACGGACAGCCGAGGAAGACCGCUGGCCAAAUACGUCAUCCUGGACACGGACGGCAAAGGAAGCCAGCUUUUCCCGACCCACCUGCUCGUGGCAUCUUCCGGAACGGUGCAUUCUCUGGGGAGGCCGAUCCACUUCCCCGGAGGAUGGCCACUCCCAGCAGACUCCAGCUGUUGGCACCGUGCCCUCUAUCACCAAGUUCUCAAAGGGUCUAAGAAGGUACUGUUGACUCUGGAUGACCUCACUUUCGUCAACACUAAACUAAGCAAAAUGAGGUUGGCCCUGGAUAACUGGAGUGAUUCCAGAAGCAACUCGGAGUGCCGCAGCUUGCGAUCUGCGACUCAUUCUCUGUCCGUGAGGAGUGCAUUGGUGACCCACGAAACCUCUAACGUUGCUGUGUAUGAGGGAGACUGGGUAUGGUUGAAGAAAUUUGAGUCUGGAGUAGCCAACAACCUGCGGCAGCCGACUGUCUGCUUACUAAGCAAGAUGAAAGAUGUACGACAUGAAAAUGUAAACCCAUUUUUUGGCCUUUUAUCUGACGGAGGCCUUUCAGGCAUUGUGAUGGAAUAUUGCUCCAGAGGGAGCUUGGAAGAUUUGCUGCUGAAUACAGAUAUAAAGCUGGACUGGAUGUUCAAAUCAUCUCUUCUGACGGACUUGAUUAAAGGAAUGAGAUAUUUGCACCACCAAAACAUUUGCCAUGGGCGUCUCAAAUCUCGUAACUGUGUGGUAGAUGGUCGAUUCAUGCUAAAGAUCACGGAUUAUGGGUAUGCUGAGCUCCUGGCCGCACAACACGCUCUUUACGUUGAGCCUCCUGCAGAGGAAUUGCUCUGGACUGCUCCCGAGCUUUUGAGAGAUCCCAUGACCCACCCCAACGGCACGUUUAAAGGAGAUGUGUAUAGUUUUGCCAUCAUCUUGCAAGAAGUUGUUCUUCGGAGUCCCCCUUAUUCCAUGUCUGAAAUACCAGCGGAAGAAAUCCUUCUCAAGCUCAAGAAACCACCGCCCUUGUACCGCCCGAGUGUUUCUCCGGAUCAAACCCCUCUGGAGUGUAUCCACUUAAUGAAGCAGUGCUGGAGCGAACGGCCAGAGAAGAGACCUACCUUCGAGGAGAUCUUUGAGCAGUUUAAAACCAUCAACAAAGGCAAAAAGACCAACAUCAUUGACUCCAUGUUGCGGACGCUGGAGCAGUACUCCAGCAACCUGGAGGAAUUAAUUCGGGAGCGAACCGAGGAGUUGGAAAUGGAAAAGCAGAAGACGGAGAAGCUGCUGACCCGGAUGCUUCCCCGAUCUGUGGCAGAAAAACUGAAAACCGGCAGCACGGUCGAACCCGAGUAUUUUGAGGAGGUCACCAUCUACUUCAGUGACAUCAUUGGCUUCACGGCCAUCUCUGCCCUCAGCGAGCCCAUCGAGAUUGUGGACCUGCUGAACGACUUAAAUUCCACAUCUCCAGCUCCCCUUCAGGAAAAUUAUGUCUUUGCUUUCCAGGUAGAAACCAUCGGUGAUGCAUAUAUGGUCGUUUCUGGGCUGCCAAAACGCAACGGCCCAAGACACGCGGCAGAGAUGGCCAACAUGUCCCUAGACAUCCUCAGCUCCGUGGGGUCGUUCAGAGUGAAACACCUCCCUGGGGUGCCUGUCAGGAUUCGAAUGGGGCUGCACUCAGGUCCUUGUGCUGCAGGAGUGGUCGGCCUCACAAUGCCCCGUUACUGCCUCUUUGGGGACACUGUGAACAUGGCUUCCCGGAUAGAAUCCACUGGGCUGCCGUACAGAAUCCACAUCAGCCAGAGCACCAUGAAAACUCUUCGGAGUCUCCAGGAAGGUUAUAAAAUAGAAUUCAGGGGAAAGACGGAGCUGAAGGGGAAAGGCUUAGAAGAAACCUACUGGCUUUUAGGAAAGAAAGGAUUCACAAAACCCCUGCCAACACCUCCUGAAAUGAAACCGGGGCAGGCAUGGCAAGACAUGAUAGUCCAAGAAAUCAAAUCGGCCUUGAGAGACUCCAAGGCGAAGGUCAUCAGCAAGCGGAAAAAAUAG